GUACAAACACACUUGGAAAAUCAGUCUAGAUACCACAUACAGCAGAGCCAGAGGCACCAGGUGAAACAGUACCUGACCCUCGAUACCAAGCUGUCCAGCCAGACGCUCUCCCUGUCCCACUCUCACACCAUCCAGCCUGUGGGAGUGACCUCCAUCCUGAGAAACGGACACAUGCCUCCAGUCAGCGAUAUUGGCACCCCAGACAGCCCUGUUACCAAGCUGCUGGCCCUUGGAGGAGAACAUGAAAAUGCGAUGGAAGAGGUGAUUGAAGACAUAAUAAAUAUGGAAUCAAAUUUUAAUGAUGAAGGGAUAGGUUGUUCCGAAACUCCUCUACUAAUGCAAAGAACU